AUGACUUCCGAGGACGUGUCGAGAGUCCUGGAAUUGCUCCGGUCGCUGUACAAACGCACGCAGACGCUGCAGGAGUUCGCGGACGGCGUUGUUUUCCGGGAUGGGCGGAGAGCCACUCUGCUCCAACCUUCCGACAGUAUAGUCUUCCAAACGUUCGUUCGGGCGGUGUUUGUGUGUUCUGAUGAGGAGCUGCGAGAGGUCCGGAGCUCUAAGCAGAUUUGUACCUUCUCAGAACUCCUGGCUUUUGUCCUCAACAACCUGAAAAGGAGCAAGUCGAAUAAUGUUUUGGCUCAGGGCUAUAACUGGAAGACGGCGCAGGAGAACAAGGAUGUAAAUCUCUUCCGGUUCCAGGGAGAUCUGUCUCAAAGCGCCAACUACAUCCACAGCAGCGAACAGUGGAAGAAGGUCAUGGCGCAUCUUGGCCCAGACUUCCUUCUGCACCUCCUGGGGAGCUUCUCCGUCUUUGUGGUGGCCCCUCCUUCCUGCGUCUUCCAGAUUUGUGGCGCUCCAGCGUACGACAGGGUGUCCGUGACCACCGCUUCCAGCAGGUUUCUUCUUAAGCAUCCAUCAAGAAGACAUACAUCUUCUUGGCUUGGAAAGAACAGAUGCUCAGUGAAGUUUAAAAUGAGAGACUCCGCUGAAGAUGAGGAAAAAAGAAGGAAGAAGAGGAGAGUGGAAAGCACAAACAGCUCAAUGAAAAGAAAGAGGGAACCUGAGGAGGAGGAGUCUAGUAAAAGGAGGUGUGACACACAUCAUGAAGAGAGCAGUCAGCAUGCCUGCUCUGAAGCUGUCCUUGUUGAGUCGACCGUUUCAGAAAACGAUAAAUCUUCUCUCAAAAUGCCUCCUGAAACGUCAGCGGCCUCUCUGCCUUUGGAGGGGGAACCCAGCUGGAGAUCGGGCACGUUCCCGCCUUUGCCGUCCUCUCAGUGUUUUAUCCGCACUAUGGGGCUCCUUUAUGGAGGCCAAGGCAUGCAAGGCUUCUGUCUCAACAGGAAGAAGCAGACUGCCGCUGGACUCAGGCGGUUACAAGGGCAGGAUUUAGUGAGGCUGGUCUUCUUUCAGGGUCUGCCGUAUUUAGACAAACAGACGAGGGAUCCAAAGAAGCUCCGACUGCGUUUUUUCAGAAUGGUGCCGGUGUUUGGUGAGCUGCUGCAGAGACACAGGAAGUGUCCCUACACCAGAGUCUUGCAGAGGAUGUGUCCGCUGGUAGAGGAGAGCCGUGCCGCUCCGGGGCAGCCGAGCUCGCUCAUCCCUCUGCACUGCGACCCGCACCGGGUCUACCUGUUCGUCAGGGCAUGCCUCAUCACCGUCGUCCCCGAGGAGCUGUGGGGCUCCGACCACAACCGGCUCCAAUUCUUCACCAAAGUCAGAUGCUUCCUGAAGAAUGGCAAGUUUGAGAGAGUCUCAGUGGCGGAGCUGAUGUGGAAGAUGAAGGUGAUGGACUGUGAUUGGCUGAAGCUCCGCAGGACAGGCCGCUUCCCGCCCAGUGAGCUGACCUACCGGACGCAGAUCCUGAGUCUGUUUCUGACCUGGCUUCUGGAUGGCUUUGUUGUGGGCCUGGUCCAGGCCUGCUUCUACGCCACUGAUAGCGUAGGCCAGAAGAGCACCAUCAGGUUCUACAGGCCGGAGGUCUGGAACAAACUCCGGGAUUUGGCUUUCAGAAAUCACGUCGCUAAAGGCCAGAUGGAGGAGCUGACUCCAGAUCAGGUGGCGUCCCUCCCCAAAGACGCCAUCAUCUCCCAACUUCGCUUCAUUCCCAAGGCAGACGGGAUGAGACCCAUCACUCGGGUCAUCAGGGCAGACUUACAUACCAGGCUUCACCACUGGUGCAUCCGGGACCUGAUGGACCUGCUGCAGGCCCGUGUGCGCUCCAUGCCGUCCCUCCUGGGCUCCACUGUGUGGGGCCUGACUGACAUCCACAAAGUGCUGUCCUCUCUGGCUCCAGCCCAGAAGGCCAAACCACAGCAGCUCUAUUUUGUAAAGGUGGAUGUGAGCGGAGCCUACGAGAGCCUGCCGCAUGACAAACUCAAGCAGGUGGUCAGUGAGGCUUUGUCCCCCAUCCAAGAACAAGUCUUUGCCAUCCGCCGCUACGCUAAGAUCUGGAGGGAUUCCCACGAAGGCGUGAAGAAAACCUUCACCAAACAGGUGGAUUUCUCUGACGGUGACCUGGGAUCCAGCACCAUGAAGAACUUCACGAUGGCCCUCCAGCAGAUCAGCAACGCCCAUCACUCUGUCCUGGUGGAGCAGGCUUUCACCUCAAACAUUCAAGGCAAAGACGCCGUGCAGGUCUUCAUGCAGAUGCUCACCGGCAGCAUCGUCCAGUAUGAAAAUAAGACGUACCGUCAGUGCCGAGGGAUUCCUCAGGGCUCGGUGGUGUCCAGUCUGCUGUGCUGUCUGUGCUACGGUCACAUGGAGAGGGUCCUCUUCAGAGACCUUAGCAAAAACAGCGGGUGUUUGAUGAGGCUGGUUGAUGACUUUCUCCUCAUCACCCCAGACCUCAACCAAGCACACACCUUUCUCAGGAUCUUUCUGGCUGGAGUUCCUCAAUACGGUGUGGUUGCCAACCCGCAAAAGGUGGUGGUCAACUUUCAGCCGUCUGAGUUCGGCGACGCUUUCACUGAUGUUCGUGUGCUGCCUUCUCACUGCCUCUUCCCGUGGUGUGGCCUUCUGCUGGACACCCAGUCAUUGGAUGUCUAUAAAGACUAUUCCAGCUACGCAGGCCUCUCUCUGCGCUACAGCCUCACGCUAGGCUCCACCCACUUACCAGGACAGCAUAUGAGGAGGAAGCUGAUGUCCAUCCUCAGACUCAAAUGCCAUCCUCUGUUUUUGGACUUGAAGAUGAAUUCUCAUGAGUCAGUUUACAAGAACAUCUACAAGCUGGUGCUGCUGCACGCCUGCAGGUUCCACGUCUGCGCUCAGAGUUUACCCUUCAGUCAGACGGUCGCUAAAAACCCGAGUUACUUCCUGCAGAUGAUCUGGGACAUGGUGCGCUACGCCAACACUCUCAUCAGGCGUUGCAACAGAGGGUUGGUUCUGGGGGACAAAGCUCAGACGGGCAGCGUUCAGUUCGAGGCCGUGAAGCUCCUCUUCUGUCUGUGCUUCCAGCUGGUUCUGUCCAAACACCGACCCGUCUACAGAGACCUGCUGCCACACCUGGACAAAUGCAAGCGCCACAUGGAGAGGCUUCUGGGAGACCUGAGGCUUGCCAGGGUCCAACAGGCCUCCGACCCCAGGGCUCUGCUGGAUUUCCUGCAGAUGUAACUGCACAGGUAAAAGCAGUCACAGGAAGGUAAAUCUCUGGGCAGUUUUACAGCACAGCCUCCACAAGAGGAUUUAUUUUUGUUAAAGUGAUUUAAAAAAACAAGGAAAACAUUUUCUGUUUCUUCCAGAUUAACAUGAACUUUCAGGUUAAGCUUUUGAUUCUCGUCUAGGGAAAUGGAAUCUUGCCUGCUCCGUAAAGCACAGUAAAUGGGCUUUAGUCAUCUCUUAUAAAAAACUUAAGUGAUAAAACUUGGUGAUAACCUGGUGUCAUAAAACAAGCUCAAGUUGAGUUAAAAACUUGAAAAGAAUCCAGCUACUGUCACGGAGCCGGGCUCAUUCCUCAGACGCCGGUAUCUCUGGACUUUGAUUUCCCCUCUGUGGUAGUUUUCCACAAAGAAGAUGUGGUUAAGCUUUAAAAAUAACUUGUGUGUAAAUACGUGCACAGAAAUAUAGUCAGUCUCAAGGGAUUUCUUGUACUGUCAACCAAGUACUCAAAGUGGAGUCAAGUGAAAUGAAAAGACCUGAUGUUUGAAGUUCAGCAUUGAAACCAGCAGGAUUGUCUGUUUUAGGACAUUGUUCUCAGCUGAAGUAGAUGACAAUAGACGUUCCACAGAUUCAAGCCUUUGAAUUCCUCUCUUCCCGUUCUUCAAUCUCAAAGCUGCCGUUUUCGUAGGGGUUCAGGUUGGCUGCAGUGGAUGACCUUCCGACUCUAGAGCGGAUCAGUCUGACCAGAGCCACCAGAGGGAUGGACAGCACAGGAACGGUGCAGAGGAGGAUGAUGAUAGCGAACACCCAGUCCGGAUAGUUCUUCACCUCAGUUUGAGGGAACAGUUCCUAAAGACAAGAAACAGGAUGUUAAGAACCAAUAAAAAUGCGAAUUUGAGAACA